UGUGGUGACUCUCAAGGAGCCCGAGCUGAGUUGAUACCAGUCAAGAAUCUCUUAAAUUGUACCCUGAAAAGCCAGAAUGGAGCUAUCAAUGCCCCCACCUCAGAUCUAUGUAGAAAAGACUCUGGCCAUUAUCAAACCAGAUAUUGUUGACAAAGAGGAGGAGAUACAAGAUAUUAUUCUCAGAUCUGGAUUCACCAUUGUUCAGAGAAGAAAACUGCAUCUCAGCCCUGAGCACUGUAGUAACUUUUAUGUGGAACAGUAUGGGAAAAUGUUUUUCCCCAAUUUAACAGCUUACAUGAGUUCUGGACCACUUGUUGCCAUGAUAUUAGCUAGACAUAAAGCCAUCUCUUACUGGAAAGAACUCUUGGGACCAAGUAAUAGCUUAGUAGCUAAGGAGACACACCCAGACAGUCUAAGGGCAAUUUAUGGCACAGAUGAGCUAAGGAAUGCACUUCAUGGAAGUAAUGAUUUUGCUGCAGCAGAAAGAGAAAUGAGAUUCAUGUUUCCUGCAGUGAUUGUUGAGCCCAUUCCAGUUGGACAAGCUGCUAAGGACUAUUUAAAUUUGUAUGUAACGCCAACUCUGCUUAAAGGACUUGUAGAGCUUUGUAAGCAAAAACCAGCAGAUCCUUUUAUUUGGCUGGCUGAUUGGUUGCUGAAAAAUAAUCCCAACAAACCCAAACUUUGUCAUCAUCCAAUUGCAGAAGAACCUUAUUAA